AUGGUGAUGGAGCGGCUGGCGGACUUCGUCAGCAAGUCACUGGAGGGCGGUGAAGCGCCCACACCGCCACCUGAGCCCGGAGAACCUGAUGGUGACGAGGAAGUUGAUAUCACAGCACUCGAGGAAAAGUCGCCGCCGGCUAAAAGGCCGCGAAAUUGGCUCAUCUCGCCAGUACCCUCAAGGAAUUGUAAGAAGGAAGCGGAUGAUGAGGACGAACCUAGACAGGACACAACAGACAAGAAUCUUAAUGGGGCGAUCAGCAAUGCUGGCGGCAAGCAGCGUCGCUCAAGAACUAACUUUACCCUGGAGCAGUUGGGCGAACUAGAAAGGCUGUUUGACGAAACGCACUAUCCUGACGCGUUUAUGCGGGAGGAGCUUAGUCAACGGCUCGGACUUAGUGAAGCCAGAGUGCAGGUGUGGUUUCAAAACAGGCGCGCAAAAUGUCGAAAACAUGAGAGCCAGUUGCAUAAAGGUCUCCUAGUUGGAGGUGGAGGAACUCCACUGGAGCCAUGCCGUGUAGCGCCGUACGUGUCGGUGCCACGCCUAACUGGCGUUCCACGUCCUCAACCACCUCCGUUACCAUUGACACAACAUCCGCCACCGGCCGCUUUCGCACCUUUCGACUCAGCCCUACUCUCCGCUGCUGCACAUCAGUAUGCGAGCGCAGCGGCUGCGGCGGCAGCAGCAUUGUGUCCGCCGUACGCGGGUCUGGCGGCCCUGGCAGCGCGUUGCCGCUCCUCGUCUAUCGCCGACCUACGGCUAAAGGCGCGUCGUCAUGCCGCAGCCCUAGCGGCCGCGAGUGCACCCUCCCCACCCGCCUCAGCGCCCGCCUCCUCUUCCGCUUCAGCUGAAACAUAG